AUGAUCUGGAGGGUUGAUCAAACGCUCCUACUGGGGGUUGUGCUAUUUACAUCGCGCGCCCUGGCCACGAACUGCAGCACAGUCUCAGUCACAUCGGAAAGUGACGCCAAAACCCUACGGCAGAGUUGUCAAGUCAUCACUGGCGAUUUGACGAUUGGCCCAUUCGUUCAGAAUACAAGUACAGUACACAUCAACCUUGAUGGUAUCGAGACUGUCAAAGGGAACAUCAACCAUGACCUGGGCAGUCACGAUUUCACCUACCAGGAGACCCCGUUCACAGUCUCCAGUUCAACCUUGACAAAAGUUGGAGGCACUGUGCUUUUUGGAGAUGACGUUUGCAACAUGCUCAAUUUCUCCAUGCCAAGUUUAACAACCGUUUCUGGCGACUUUACCAUGAGUUUCUGGUGUAGCAACUUGACAUAUCUCGACAUCACCAGUCUAGAGUUUGUCCAGAACCUCCAGAUCGCAGGCAAAAGCCUCACUACGCUACACCAUACGAAACUGAGCAAUGCGACAGGAUUAUGGAUCUAUGAUAAUCUCCUAGACUCGGUGGACAGUAUCUUCAACAAUCCACUGAAUAUUACAACCGGGGCAGAAAUCGACACUCUACCGAAUGUGAAGAACGUGACAAUUGGGUUUCAUUCGGCCAAUUCGCUGGAUAUCUCCGAUCUGUCGGUGAUUUUGGGUGGCUCAUCAAGCACAGAAAUGUCACUGGGCAAUGUCACGUUUUACAAAUUGACAGGACUACAGCGCAACUCGAAUUUGAAAGUCCUCACAGCGGAUAGUGUUGAUACUGUGCCUACCAGUAGCAUGUCGCAGAUGGAUAUUCCCUUUGAUGAUCUUCGACAACUCUCAGUUAGAGAAGGCAUGUACUCUGACGUGGUGACGCUUCGUCUUCCAGCCAAGGCCGCCAAUUGGACGGGUGGAUUUGCGCUUAGUGUCUAUAUGAGCCCCGGCCUCAACCUUUCGUCAAUGUACGGGUUGGAUGACCAGGGAAAUCAGAUUCAAACUUGGUACUGGCCUACCAAUGUCUCGUCAAUUGAUAUCUACGAGGCUAUCGUUGCCAAUGAAUUCUUGUACGUCUAG